GUAAUUCACGGAACACUGCCAGGCAAAUUGGAGGAUUGUGAUACAAUUUAUUUAGUAUUUCUGGAGGACGUGAUUUUAAAUACUCCUGGAGAUUUUUACAUUGCAAUCCGAAUUCAAAAUGUAUUCAAUUUGUAAAAGUACUCAUCCGGCUACUGGAGUGGAACACGCUAUAACUUGUUAUUUCUUUAAUCGUUCGGAAAAAUGUCUGGUUGUAGCCGGUGGAAAUAUCAUAAGGGUAUUUCGUUUAAUUCCAGAUGUGGACAUUACAAAAAGGGAAAAAUAUACAGAAUCUCGUCCACCAAAAAUGAAACUAGAAUGUUUGGCACAAUACAUUUUACAUGGAAACAUAAUGUCAAUGCAAGCUGUAACUCUGGUUGGAUCUCAGAGAGAUUCUCUUCUAUUAAGCUUCCGUGAUGCAAAAUUGACUGUUGUGGAAUAUGAUCAAGAUAUUCAUGAUCUCAGAACAGUGUCUCUGCAUUAUUUUGAAGAAGAAGAAAUAAGGGAUGGAUGGACAAAUCACCAUCAUAUUCCAAUAGUCAGGGUAGAUCCUGAGGGAAGAUGUGCUGUAAUGUUAAUAUAUGGUAGGAAAUUAGUUGUGCUGCCUUUCAAAAAAGACCCAAGUCUUGAUGAUGGAGAUUUAUUAGAUAAUACAAAAGCAUCUUCAAAUAAAACUCCUAUAUUAUCAUCAUAUAUGAUAGUUCUAAAAAGUUUAGAAGAAAAGAUGGACAAUAUAAUAGAUUUACAAUUUUUACAUGGUUAUUAUGAACCUACACUGUUAAUAUUGUAUGAGCCAGUGAGGACAUUCUCUGGACGCAUUGCAGUCAGACAAGAUACCUGUGCCAUGGUAGCAAUAUCUUUAAAUAUUCAGCAGAGAGUGCACCCAAUAAUUUGGUCAGUAUCCAAUUUACCAUUUGAUUGUUAUCAAGCAGUGCCAGUAAAGAAACCACUAGGAGGAACACUAAUCAUGGCAGUUAAUUCUCUUAUUUACCUGAAUCAGAGUAUACCACCUUAUGGAGUUUCUUUGAACAGCUUAGCAGAGACCAGUACAAAUUUUCCAUUGAAACCACAAGAAGGAGUUAAAAUCAGUCUGGAAGGUUCUCAGGUUGCAUUCAUAUCUUCAGAUCGUUUAGUAAUUUCCUUAAAGAGUGGAGAAUUGUAUGUAUUGUCCUUGUUUGCUGAUAGCAUGCGUUCAGUAAGAGGUUUUCAUUUUGAUAAAGCUGCAGCAAGUGUUUUAACUUCAUGUGUAUGUAUGUGUGAUGACAAUUAUUUAUUCUUGGGAUCUCGUUUGGGUAACUCACUUUUAUUAAGAUUUAUUGAAAAGGAGCCAGAAAAUUCGCAUACCAUAAAUGAGAAUGAAAUAACCAUUGAAGAGAACGAAACUGAGGAAACUCCAGCAAAGAAAGUGAAACAAGAUUUUAUAGGAGAUUGGAUGGCUUCAGAUGUGUUGGAUAUCAAAGAUCCUGAAGAAUUAGAAGUAUACGGAAGUGAAACACAUACUUCUAUUCAAAUUACGUCAUAUAUAUUUGAGGUAUGUGAUAGUUUAUUAAACAUUGGACCAUGUGGUAAUAUAUCUAUGGGUGAACCAGCAUUUUUAUCAGAAGAAUUUUCACAUAGUCAAGAUCCUGAUGUUGAACUAGUCACAACUUCUGGAUAUGGAAAAAAUGGUGCACUGUGUGUGCUUCAGUGUUCCAUUCGUCCACAAGUUGUUACUACCUUUGAAUUACCAGGAUGUGAAGACAUGUGGACUGUUAUUGGUACAUUAAACAAUGAUGAACAAGUGAGACCAGAAGCUGAAGGAUCUCACGCCUUUCUAAUUCUAAGUCAAGAAGAUUCAACAAUGAUAUUGCAAACUGGUCAGGAAAUUAAUGAAGUAGAUCAGAGUGGAUUUAGCACACAGGGGAGUACGGUAUUUGCUGGAAAUCUUGGUGCAAAUAGAUACAUAGUACAAGUUACUCAGAUGGGAGUACGGCUUUUGCAAGGAAUUGAACAGAUCCAACACAUGCCCAUAGAUCUUGGAUGUCCCAUUGUGCAUGCAAGUUGCGCAGAUCCUUAUGUAACAUUACUUUCCGAAGAUGGGCAAGUUAUGUUAUUGACUCUGAGAGAAGGACGAGGAACUGCAAGGCUACACGCGCAGACCGCCAACCUAUUAUUUAGACCUCAAAUAGAAGCGCUAUGUGCCUAUAGAGACGUAAGUGGAAUAUUUACAACACAGCUACCUGAAAAUAUAGAAGAUGAAGUACCUGAAGAGGAACAUAAUAUAGAAGAACCACCUAUUGUUGGUAAUAUUGACAAUGAAGACGAUCUUCUUUAUGGUGAUGGUCCAGCUUUUCAAAUGCCCGCACCAUCACAGACUAAAUCAUCUGAAGGGACUUCUAAAAGAGCUCCUUGGUGGCAGAAACAUUUGCAAGAAAUAAAACCAACAUAUUGGUUGUUGGUAUAUAGAGAUAGCGGAACGUUGGAAAUAUAUUCUCUUCCUGACUUACGUUUAUCUUAUCUUAUUCGUAAUUUUGGAUACGGACAGUAUGUUUUACAUGACAGUAUGGAAUCUACGACAUUGCAAACUGCACCUGUUAAUGAAAUUCCUAAUCCGGAGAUGCAGGUGCGUGAAAUUUUAAUGGUAGCCCUAGGCCACCAUGGAAAUAGACCAAUGCUUCUAGUACGACUAGACAAUGAACUUCAAAUUUAUCAAGCAUACAGAUAUCCAAAGGGUCAUUUAAAAUUAAGAUUUAAAAAAUUGGAUCAUGGAAUAAUACCAGGAAAUUUGAGACCAAAACCAAGAGAAGAAGACAUGUCUUCAAUGAACGAAACUCGACAUUGCAUGAUGCGCUAUUUUAGCAAUAUUGCUGGAUAUAAUGGUGUAUUUAUCUGCAGCGACUAUCCUCAUUGGAUAUUCCUCACAGGACGUGGCGAAUUGCGUACCCAUCCAAUGGGUAUUGAUGGUCCUAUCACUUCCUUUGCACCUUUUAAUAAUAUUAAUUGUCCACAAGGUUUUCUGUAUUUUAAUAGAAAGGAGGAAUUGAGGAUAUGCGUUUUACCAACCCAUUUAUCCUACGAUGCCCCAUGGCCUGUUAGAAAAGUACCAUUGCGAUGUACACCGCAUUUUGUAACAUAUCAUCUUGAAAGUAAAACUUACUGUGUUAUAACCAGCAUAGCGGAACCACUUAAAAGUUAUUACAGAUUCAAUGGCGAAGAUAAGGAAUUUACAGAAGAAGAUAGACCAGAAAGAUUUAUCUAUCCCUCGCAAGAACAGUUCUCCAUAGUACUAUUUUCUCCCGUUUCAUGGGAAACUAUUCCUAAUACUAAAAUUGAACUUGAUCAAUGGGAACACGUUACUUGUUUAAAAAAUGUAUCUUUAGCCUAUGAAGGAACACGUUCUGGUUUGAAAGGUUAUAUAGUACUGGGGACAAAUUAUAAUUAUGGUGAAGAUAUUACAAGCAGAGGAAGGAUACUUAUAUUCGAUAUAAUUGAAGUUGUACCUGAACCUGGUCAACCAUUAACAAAAAAUAGAUUUAAACAAAUUUAUGCGAAGGAACAAAAGGGUCCAAUAACUGCUAUCACUCAAGUAUCAGGCUUCCUAGUCUCAGCAGUUGGACAAAAAAUUUAUAUCUGGCAACUGAAGGAUAAUGAUCUCGUUGGAGUUGCUUUUAUAGAUACACAAAUUUACAUUCAUCAAAUGUUGAGCAUCAAAAGUUUGAUUUUAAUAGCUGAUGUAUAUAAAUCAAUUAGUUUAUUAAGAUUUCAAGAAGAAUACAGGACACUGUCCCUCGUUAGCAGAGAUUUCAGACCAGCUGAAGUCUACACCAUUGAAUACCUAAUUGAUAAUAAUAAUUUAGGAUUCCUUGUGGCCGAUGGUGAAAGUAACAUAGCUUUAUUCAUGUAUCAACCAGAAUCAAGAGAAAGCCUUGGAGGGCAAAAAUUAAUUAGAAAAGCUGAUUUCCAUUUAGGACAGAAAGUCAAUACAUUUUUUCGUAUAAGAUGCAGAGUUUCAGAUCCUGCAAACGAUAAGAAACAUUUUUCUGGUGCUGAUAAGAGGCAUGUUACUAUGUACGCAUCUCUUGACGGGAGCCUGGGUUACAUUUUACCCGUACCAGAAAAAACUUACAGAAGAUUGUUGAUGUUGCAAAACGUUUUGGUAACUCAUAUUUGUCAUAUCGCUGGAUUAAACCCCAAAGCAUAUCGUACCUAUAAAAGUUACAUUAGAACUCAGGGUAAUCCUGCAAGGGGUAUAAUCGAUGGCGACUUAGUCUGGCGUUAUCUUUAUUUACCUAAUAAUGAAAAAAUAGAUGUAGCGAAAAAAAUUGGAACCCGUGUACAGGAAAUCAUCGAGGAUCUUACGGAAAUUGACCGGCAAACGGCUCAUUUUUAA